AUGCCGAGCAACCGUCUGAGCAAGGUGCAGAAGCACAUAACCAAAAAGAAGGGCAAAAACGUCGCCCUCCACGAGAACAGUCGGGAUACACGCCGUCUGCAGAGCGCUGCUCAACGUGACGACAAGCUCAACCGCCUGGCCGCAGUGAGAGAAAAGCAGAAUCAUCCGUACCUGCUGCGCAUCAAAUCGUUUCAAUCAUAUACCAUGGAACAUGGAGCUCCACUAUCCAUCUCCGAAAUCCAGGCCAUGAUCGAGGAUUUCCUUGGCCGCGAUGAUGAAGAGUUAGCGACCUUGAAGGCGGAACGCCGUCCUGGAAGACCGCCAUCGACACGCGAGACUCUUCUCAAGCAAAACCAGUCUAUGGAGCAAGGCGAAUACGCUUCUGGCUUUUGGGUCCCUGAUCUCGAGAACGCAGAUAAUUUGCAGAAAUUGAAAAUUUGGAAUGGUCAAUGGUCAGGUCUACCCACGCUUCAAUUCGCCCGCAUUUCCAAGGAUGGAGUCAAACGAGAAUCGAGUUUCCCUCCCAAAGGACUCUCAUGA